CUUUUUAUUGAAAAUGUGUGGAUUCUGUGUCCUAUUCUCUACCACUCGCUGAUUUAGAUCUGAUAGGUGCCAAAGUGGGAACUAAUAAUCGAGCAGCUCAGAAGCCUAGCGCGAGAUCUUUAACGCCGCUGUAUGCAACUAUCUCUGCCCUCCAAUCAGAACUGUCCAACAGUAACAUCUCAAAGGAUCACGGCCAUUAGUACACAGAGGAAUAUUCUCCCAAUAACAAACUUGUAGCCCAAUCUUGCCCAGAUAUUCAGAUUACUCAUAUUGUGGAUUCAAUUGCAGGGAUGGGGUUCUGCAAACUCCAUCUGCCACAGCGCUCAGUCACCUCAGCAAAAUAGUGGUAGCAAGCAAAGUUCCAGUCAGCUCACUUGCCAAAUAUGCAACAAAUUCGGACAUCCCGCAUUCAAUUGUUGCAAUUACAUUAAUGUUUUGCGGGCGCAGAACAUCGCCAUCAUACUAGAAUGUGGAUGCAGCUAUUAAUGGUCAAUCAAGACAAGCGCUGGUUUCCUUGUUUAGAACUCUUCAUCCGUUCAUCAGAAGGUGUGAAUCCUGAAUAAGCAAAGAGAUUCCUUGACCUUCACGGUUCAACAACUCUCUUAGACCUAUUCACGCUUAGUGCCUCUCAGGAUCUAGCUCAUUAUAAAGAAGGCAAGUGGCCCACAACAGAAUGAUAACCGAACUAAUUUUGGGGCUCUUUGAUUAGAAAGGGAUUCUGCAGCGAGGCAAAAAAUGAGCAGUUGUAGCUGUUGCCGGCCUGUCAGAAGGCUACCAAAGAGGAUAGUUCUAGUGCGUCAUGGGGAGAGCCAGGGUAACCUCGACAUGUCAGCCUACACCACCACGCCGGACUACAAGAUCCCACUGACGCCGCUUGGCAUCGAGCAGGCACGGGCCGCCGGCGAGGGAAUCUUUGGCGUGGUCUCUGAUGGUGGCAUGGCCACCAACUGGAAGGUGCAUUUCUACGUUUCUCCUUACGUGCGGACGAGGGCAACACUAAUGGAGAUUGGAAGAGCCUUCCCAAAGAAGAGGAUCAUCGGAGCAAGGGAGGAGUGCAGGGUACGAGAGCAGGACUUUGGAAACUUUCAGGUGGAGGAUAGGAUGAAGGUUGUUAAGGAGACAAGGCAGCGUUUUGGAAGGUUCUUCUUCCGUUUUCCUGAGGGCGAGUCAGCUGCAGAUGUCUUCGACCGUGUUUCCAGUUUUAUGGAAUCCCUAUGGAGAGAUAUAGAUAUGAGAAGACUGGACCAAGGUGAAGACACAGAGACAAACCUAGUGAUCAUCUCCCAUGGCCUGACCUCCAGAGUCUUUCUAAUGAAAUGGUUCAAGUGGACUGUAGAUCAAUUUGAGAGGCUAAACAAUUUCGGCAACUGCGAGUUCCGAGUGAUGCAACUCGGUCCCGGCGGCGACUACAGCCUAGCCAUCUACCACACCAAGGAGGAGCUCCAGAGCUGGGGACUCUCACCAGAAAUGGUAAUUGACCAGCAAUGGAGGGCUACAGCCAAUAGAGGAAACUGGAAUGAGGAUUUCCCUUGGUAUCUCAAUUCCUUUUUUGAUCAUCUUGAGGACUCCCAGGAGAAUGAAGAAGCUGAAGAUGAUGGAAAUAGGGAGCUGCAGCUUACAGAGCAUUGUGCUUCAGAUUGAUAAUUUGUAUAUUUAGGCUUCGUUUGGGACGGUUUUCUUACUGUUUUUUAAAGUAAAUUUUUAGUUCAAAAAUUAAAAGUUCUAUACUAAAAAACUGUUUUAAAAAACAGUAAGAGAGCCGCCUCAAACGAAGCCUUAGAUUUCAAAGAACUGUAGGUAUCUCAAUUCAUUUUUUGACCAUCUUAAGGACUCCGAGGAGAAUGAAGAAGCUGAAGAGAAUGGAAAUAGGGAGCUGCAGCUUACACAGCAUUGUGUUUGAGAUUGAUAAUUUGCAGAUUUAGAUUUCAGAGAACUGUAGGCUUUAGUGCUUAUUUGUCAAUAAGCUUUGAUUACUAUAAUUUUUAGAUCACCAUCAACCUUUGUCACUA